AUGGCCCCACGUACCCAACCGAUGACAGACUUUAGUCUGAAGACGUGGAAACAACGCCUUACACGUCAAUUUAACGAGCUCACCAACUUGAACGCAGAAGGAGAAAGGUAUAAGGAACCCUGGACCUUUCCCACGAACAAGCUCGAACUGGUCAAAUACAUAUUGUCGAACAAAGCAUUACUACAGAACCUGAUUACCCGGACCAAAGAAAAAGAAGAGAGUCUCAUGUCAGACUACUGUUCCUGCGUAACAGCUAAUCAGCAUAAUAUGGAUAAGCAUCAAAAACGAUCGUUGCUGAACCUGAUUCGAGAAGGAAUUCUGACAGAUGAAAGUUUCAUCAACAUUACAGACUCCUCUACACCUGAGCGAGUGCAGGUUCCAAUUCCGCGGAUCGUUGAAGCAAUGAAAACAGGGGAACGAAAAAUGCUAAGCAUGCAUAACAAUAAACCACUUACUCUACGGAUAUUCUACGCUAAACACUACUCUUCGGCCAGUUUUGAAGAACCAACAUAA